UAUUUCUGUUGCUUGGAUUCACAGUUCCAGGCCAAAAUCGAAACAAUGGUUGACCUCACCCAGCUCAUGGAAAAUGAAGUGUUCAUGGCCUUUGCCUCCUAUGCAACGAUUGUUCUUUCAAAAAUGAUGUUCAUGAGUACUGCCACCGCCUUCUACAGAUUGACAAGGAAGGCUUUUGCCAACCCGGAGGACUGCACAGGCUCUGGCAAAGGAGAAAAUGCCAAGAAGUAUCUCCGGACAGAUGACAGAGUGGAACGUGUGCGGAGAGCCCACCUGAAUGACCUUGAAAAUAUUGUGCCAUUUCUUGGCAUCGGCCUUCUGUAUUCCUUGAGUGGUCCAGAUCUCUCUAUGGCCCUCCUGCACUUCAGACUGUUUGUUGGAUCACGAAUCUACCACACAAUUGCAUAUUUGACACCCCUUCCCCAGCCAAAUCGGGCUUUGUCUUUCUUCCUUGGGUAUGCAGUUACGAUUUCGAUGGCUUACAGGUUGUUGAGGAGUAAGUUGUACCUGUAACGAGUCA